AUGCGAACUCCACGCCUGGUUCUGUACCGGGCCGGCGCCGAGUUCUUCUCCGCCUUCUCCACGACAUCUGGCCUGCGCUCUACGACGACGAAGCGCUCGUUCUCCUCUUACCUGGUGGCACCCAAGGAAUUGCACGACGCACUCAAGAAGAACCCGCCAUCCUCUAUAAGCACAGAUCCACGCGUGAUUCCGUUAUGUGCGUCUUGGUUCCUUCCCAACGACCCCGAAGGCCGGACCGGUAUCCAGGUGUUUCGCAAGCAGCGAAUCCCGAAAGCCCGUUAUUUCGACCUCGACAAGGUGAUUGACCGACGAUCACCGUACCCCCACAUGCUCCCGAGUGCUAAGGACUUUGCUGCCGCGAUGUCAGAGUUGGGCAUUCGCAAGGAGGACACUGUUGUUGUCUACGACUCGAAAGAGCUCGGCAUUUUCUCAGCGCCUCGGGUUGGCUGGUCGUUGAAGAUCUUUGGCCAUCCAAAGGUCCAUAUUUUGAACAACUUCCGCGCCUGGGUUGAGGAAGGCUUGCCCACGGAGAGCGGCGAGGUUUAUAGUGUCGAAUGCUGCGCUUACCCGAUUCCCGAAGUCGACAGUACUAAGGUGGCCAGUUAUGAAGAUGUCCGAGAGGUGGCGUUUGACCACAACAAGGAGGGCGCCGAAGGUGUCCAAAUAAUAGAUGCCAGGUCCAGUGGUCGCUUCACUGGCACCGUGCCGGAGCCGCGCCCCGGCUUGUCGUCUGGACACAUGCCUGGCGCUGUCAACAUCCCUUACGACGCUGUUUUGGACCCAUCCUCUAAAACCUUCCUCCCUGCAAACGCACUCAGGGAGCUGUUUCAGAAGAAGGGCAUUGACCCAGAAAAACCCAUCAUCUCAAGCUGCGGCACGGGGGUCACAGCGUGUGUGAUAGAAACUGCACUUGGAGAGGCGCAGUAUGGUUCUCCUGAGCAGAGGAGAGUCUACGAUGGCAGCUGGACGUGA